AUGUCGCACAGGAAGUUUGAGCAUCCCAGGCAUGGGUCCCUUGGAUUUCUCCCCAGGAAACGUGCUGCUCGCCACAGAGGAAAAGUGAAGUCUUUCCCCAAGGAUGACCCUAGCAAACCCUGCAAGCUUACUGCUUUUUUGGGUUAUAAGGCUGGGAUGACCCAUAUUGUCAGAGAGGUCGAAAAACCUGGAUCAAAGCUUCACAAGAAGGAGACGUGCGAAGCUGUAACUAUUGUUGAGACUCCCCCGAUGGUUGUUGUUGGAGUAGUGGCCUAUAUUAAGACACCUCGUGGCCUCCGUUCUUUGAACACUGUUUGGGCCCAGCAUCUAAGUGAGGACGUGAAAAGGAGGUUCUACAAGAACUGGUGCAAGUCCAAGAAGAAGGCUUUUAUCAAGUACUCAAAGAGGUAUGAGACUGACGAAGGGAAGAAAGAUAUCCAAGCCCAGCUGGAGAAAAUGAAAAAGUAUGCCACAGUUAUACGUGUUCUGGCUCACACACAGAUUAGGAAAAUGAAGGGAUUGAAGCAGAAGAAGGCACACUUGAUGGAGAUCCAAGUCAAUGGUGGUACUAUUGCUCAGAAAGUGGAUUAUGCAUAUGGCUUCUUUGAGAAGCAAAUUCCUAUUGAUGCUAUUUUCCAGAAGGAUGAGAUGAUUGACAUCAUUGGUGUGACCAAGGGUAAAGGUUAUGAAGGUGUUGUCACUCGUUGGGGUGUCACUCGCCUUCCCCGCAAGACUCACAGGGGUCUGCGGAAGGUGGCGUGUAUAGGUGCCUGGCACCCUGCCCGAGUUUCGUUCACAGUUGCCAGAGCCGGUCAGAAUGGAUAUCACCACCGAACUGAAAUGAACAAGAAGGUAUACAAGCUUGGCAAGGCUGGAGAAGAAUCCCACACUGCCCUCACGGAGUUUGACAGGACCGAGAAAGACAUUACUCCAAUGGGAGGCUUCCCUCACUAUGGUGUGGUGAAGGAUGAUUAUCUGUUGAUCAAAGGAUGCUGUGUUGGGCCGAAGAAGAGGGUUGUCACGCUACGCCAGUCUCUGCUCACACAGACGUCUCGGGUAGCCCUUGAGGAUAUCAAGCUCAAGUUCAUUGAUACGUCCUCAAAAUUCGGACAUGGUCGUUUCCAGACUACCCAAGAGAAACAGAAGUUCUAUGGACGCAUGAAGGCGUAAUAGCAAAAGACCAUUGAAAUUUUGGAAUGCCAAUGCAAUGCAACUGAGAUAAUUAUGGUUUCAUAAUUCAAGAGGGUUUUUAAUUUGCUUAUUUUUACUUUUGAAUGUGCCAUGCUGAGGACUUAACAGUAUUGGUGCAAGUUUUGCUUUAUUAAAAGAUUAUGAGUUAUGGAUUUGCUUUUUUAUCUUGUGUUGCUUCUGAUGUCAGUUUGAUUCUUAAUAUGGUCAUGGUGUUCUGCCUUUUCAGAAUGGUUGGGGUGGUUGGUGCUUGCUUUGAG